AUGGACCAAGAAGAAUGUCGUUACUAUCAACUUCAUAUUUUGCAAUAUAUCGAUCGAUCAACAGAACCAGAUGAGUUAAUGUUAAUGCGAUCAACAUAUACCAGAAAAAAGUACUACGGCUCAUCAAAUCUCAACUUUUUAGCUCUUAGCUCAACACAUCGGGAUAAAAAUGAGGUUGUGGUAAAUGACUUCAAAUUAAUUGAAAAGAGAAGAGAUUACUUGAAAAAUGAUGCAAUAAGUGCUGAAAAGGAUGAAAUAAAUGAUGGCAAGGAUGCUCUGAUUGAUGGUAACUGUUGUGAUACCGAACAUAAUAAUUGUCAUCAGAUAGAUGACACAUCUUGA